CAGUUAGGGUUUAAGCCGAGGAGAAUUAGAAAAGGUUGCAGAGUUCAAACAUGGGAGGAAAGGGGAGAAAAAGGAGAGAAAAGAACUACAAGGCGGCGCAUGGAGGAGACGACAGGCUGCCGCCCCCGCCUAAUCCUUCUUCCGUUGACGCCGUUCCGUCUAAGCUUCGCAAGCUUAUGUCGUUUGCAGGAGCUACGAAGCAAGGAGAUAACCGUUUAAAGAGAGAUGCAACGCAUGGCGAUGAUAAGGGAACUAUUUCUGGGGAGGCAUCUUAUUCUGUUGGGGAGGCCAAAGGGAAAAAAGGUGAUCAGGGUUUGACAUCAAACACAAAACACAGCGAUGGGUUUUCUAGGAAUAACAUUCAGGGUUUGACAUCAAACAUGAAACACGGUGAUGGAGUUUCUAAGAAUAGCAAUCUUGAAAAGAAGAAGAAAAAGAAGAGAAAGAAUAAGGCAGAAGAUCUUCGAUUUGAGACAGUUGGUGAGCCUGGUGGUGCUGGUACCCAAAGAAAAGAGCGUAAAAAGCAGCGCUUGGAGGAAAGAAAGAAGAAGCGAAAAAGGCCUAGAAUAGAGGAUGAUGAGGAUUUUCAUGAUCACGAACAUAUCAAGUUUGGGGAAGUUGUUCAAGCUCCACCUAAGUUAACUGCUGUUCCAAAGGUAUUUAAGAUGACCCAUGAUGCUUCACAAGAAAGGCUCCGUUUACAGGCUGUUGAAGCCUACCGGAAACGUAAAGGAUGGGUUUCAAGACCUGGGGUUCAGCUUCCUCCACCUGUAACCAUGGAACCAUUAUUGUAGAUUGUUCAAUUACUUGAAACUUUGAGCAAGAAUAUAAUGGUUAAUACCUAAACAUGGGAGUAGAGUAGAUUGUUAAAUAGUUGUUUCUCAUUUACUAGUGUGCUGUGUACCAGCACUGUUGGUUUGAAGGGUGGAAUAUAACUCUUUACCUUAUAGAAUUUUGAUCACA